AUUUUCAUUGUCAAUCAUUUUCACGUGUAAAAUUGAUUAAUUAUUAUUAACAAUUAAAAAAAAGACAUUACGUAAUUGAUAAAACAAAGAUAGAGAGUUGUAUUUUCUUUUAUAAAGAGUAAAUUUUAAUUUGAGUAAAAGUAAUUAGUUUAAAUUUUAUUACCGACAAGUAUUGUAAUCGAUUUGUUGGAUUUUUCGACAAUCAAUUACGAGGUUGUAGGUGUUUCUAUUGUGACAAUUGUGCUAUAAAUAAAAAUAUUUGGAGUCUAAUACUCCUUAAAAUAGUAAGUUUGAUAAAUAACAAUUGAUGGGUAUCGGCUACUAUCUACAGAGGUACACUAUUGUGACAGUAUUUCCCACAACUCUAUUUUAUUUUAUCUACGCAGAUUAUAACCGUACACAGAAGUGGAAAAAAAGCAAAAUUCAAAAUGAGAUUGGAAGGAGCAGCGUACACACGCAUGUGGAUUAAAUUUUAUGCAAUACUGUUUGGUACUUUUGGUACUACUCUCACUGCUGGUAUAUAUUUGGAUAGAAAUGAGACGGAAAGAAUGUCUAGAUUUCGUGAUAAAUCCGCUCUAUACGGUAGAACACUUGCACCAGGUGAACCUCCCUCAUGGUAAUUCGUCAUAAUUUGACAAAAUAUACAUUUAAGAUUCAAAUUUAAUAUCAAUGAUGUUUAAUAAACAUGUAGAAUAAUUGAAAA